UGCCAGUAAUCCAAAACAUGAAAACACAGGAAAAGACGGAACAGAGUGUAGUCCAUAGAUUAUCAGAAUAGGUAAACAAAGCGCACACAGUAUUGGCUCAUUAUUCGUUUGACAUGAGAAGACGUUUCUGGAACGCCAUGCUUGGCAACAAAUGAAAGAUCGCGUUGUCUGCUCUCGGGCUCGUUCUUGUACAAAGACAUCGCAGGAUGGGGAAAAUAAAGAGAAACCGCACCAAGUGGGUGAAGUCGUGGAUCCAACAGCGGCAGGCACAAGGAGCUUAUCCCAAUUUGCGUCGGGAACUGGCAUUGGACGAACCUGCUGAUUUCCAAGACUUCGCACGGAUGUUCCCUGCCCAGUACCAAAUGUUGGAGGAAUCAAUCAGACCCAUUAUUCAGCGUAAGAACACCAACUACCGGGAUUCAAUAUCUGCCGGAGAGCGUCUGACUGUCACCCUGCGCUUCCUCGCAACAGGCGAAAGCUUCAAGAGCCUUUCUUACCACUUCAGAAUGGGUGAAUCCACAAUUGGUCAAUUUGUUCCUGAAACUUGUGAAGCUAUCUACUCUGUGUUGAAAGAAAAAUAUGCAAAGUGCCCGGACACAGCACUCGGGUGGCAGCAGGUAGCCACUGGAUUCUUGUCCCGGUGGAACUUCCCAAAUUGCAUUGGAGCUCUUGAUGGGAGACGCGUCAAAGGGCGCUCUCCGCCGGUAUCUGGAUCAACCAAUCACAACUCCAAGCCCCCCUUUCCCAUCGAUUUGAUGGCAAUGGUGGACAGCGACUACAGGUUCCUGUAUGUAGAUGUUGGGAGCCAAGGACGGAUUUCCGACGGUGGGGUGUUUGCUGGGUGCACCUUCGCAGAUGCCCUGGAGAACCGAACCACCAACAUGCCUGCCCCUGCCCCCCUCCCUGGUUCUGAUCAGCUAUCACCGUAUUGCAUUGUAGCGGAUGAGGCGUUUCCUUUGAAGAAGUACCUCAUGAAACCUUAUCCACAACACGGGCUCUCUCCAACACAGCGUGUUUUCAACGACAGGCUUUCAAGAGCUCAGAGGGUAGUCAAAAAUGCCUUCGGCCUCCUGGCCAGCCGGUUCAGAGUCUUGCUCACCGCCUUCAGCUUUCGGUACACUGCCAAAGUAGAGAACAUUGUUUUGGCUUGCUGUGCUUUGCACAACUUCCUGACCACUGAGAGCUGCGAGGAGUAUAUGGCAGACAUUGUGGAUGGGGAAGGACCAGAUAACGGCAUUUUACCUGGAAAAUGGCGAGAAGAUCCUGCACUACAGCAAGCCUCCCUGCCACAGGCCACCGAUGCGGCUCCAAGAGCCGAACAGACAAGAAAUGACCUAUGUCAGUAUUUCAUGUCUGAUUGGGGUGCUGUGCCUUCUCAGCGGGGCAACGGCAGCACACAACCAGAGGAGCCCGGGUCGGACGUCCCACUGACCGGCUCCCCGGUCGCAGAGUCGCCCGUCUGUGAGCGAACGCUCACUGAGGUUUUGGACUCCCGUUCGUCCUCCGGCGGUACGGCGCGAAGCCAGCGUCUGCCGGCAAAGCGGACAAAGAAGGAGGUGGUGCUCAUGCAAACCAUCGGCAAAACCCUGGAGAGGACGGCAGCAGGAGCGCAGGAGGAGGGGGAGCACCACGCCUACCUUUCGGUGUACUGCGAGCGCAUUGAACACCGGAUGCGCCGGCUCCCGCAGCAUCGGCUCCCAGAGUUUGAGUACGAGAUGGACUGCCUGCUCUACAGGUUUUCCCAGAACCAGAUCCAGGAACCGGACCGAAAGGACCUAACUCGUCUAGAAACGGACUAUAAGGACGAAGGUCCUCUGUAAUUUUUAUAUUUGUGCCGUUCCCUUUUUGGGGUAUAUGGUUUUUAUACACUCUCUGCUGGUAUGAAUGCACUUAAGAUAAAUAAAGACACUUUUUUUU